AUGAGGGAAAACACAGAAAGUUCUGAAAGUACUAGGGAUGUUUCCCGUGAAAAGCAAGGUGGCUGGCCAAUGUUGGCCUCUUUUGAGCUAGAGAAAAUUGAAUCACUCUGCAGAAAGUUUUCACUUCUUAUCUCUCAAAAAGGCUUCAAACUUCACGUAUCAGAGGACAGCUAUAAAUCUGACACCGAAACUUAUAAUUUUAGCAUUGUCCAGAAUGCUGCAUUCAUGUGCCUAACUUUUCAGGUGGGAAAGUUGGCUGAUCUUGUGAUGUGGAAGCCAUCUUUUUUUGGUGUAAAACCAGAAAUGGUGAUCAAAGGUGGUAUGGUUGCAUGGGCUGAUGUUGGUGACCCAAAUGCAAGCAUCCCCACUCCUGAACCGGUGAAGAUGAGGCCAAUGUUUGGAACACUUGGCAAGGCUGGUGGGGCUUUAUCCAUAGCUUUUGCAGCAUUAGACCGGAGAGUAAAUGUUCAAUACGGACUGAACAAGAGGAUGGAAGCAGUAGGCAACGUGAGAAAACUCACCAAACUAGACAUGAAAUUCAAUGACUCUCUUCCACAUAUCACUGUGGAUCCAGAAAAGUACGAUGUUACAGCAGAUGGCGAGGGUCUCACCAGCUCUGCAACCCCCUCUGUUCCCCUUUCUCGAAAUUAUUUCCUCUUUUAA